UCAUCCUAUGCUUUGCUCCCGUUAGCUGUCCCGGUGAGAGCUUGUUGCUUGUUGUUGCCACAAUUUUCACUAAAAUACACAACAACUAUGUCGGUGUUUUGUGAGGUCCCACUAGCAGCCCCUGUAGCUGUCUUCAAGCUGUCGCAGGAUUUCAAUAACGACCAAUUUCCCAAGAAGGUGAACCUCGGAGUGGGAGCCUACCGGACAGAUGAGGGCCAGCCAUGGGUUUUGCCAGUGGUUAAAAAGGUUGAAAAAAUCAUUGUGCAUGAUGACAGCCUAAACCAUGAGUACCUGCCCAUCCUGGGCCUGCCUGACUUCAGAUCCUCGGCUUCUAAGAUCGCACUGGGAGAUGACAGUCCUGCCAUCCAGGAGAACAGGGUGGGGGCUGUCCAAUGUCUGGGUGGUACAGGUGCUUUGAAGAUGGGCGCAGAAUUUCUUUGUCGUUUCUACAAUGGAAGCAAAAACACCAAAACACCCAUCUAUGUGUCCGCACCUACCUGGGAAAAUCACAAUGCUGUAUUCGCCAAUGCCGGCUUUGAGGAUGUCCGUCCAUACAAGUACUGGGACGCAGAGAAGAGGGGCCUCGAUUUAGCUGGUUUCCUUGGAGACCUGGAGAGUUGUCCAGAGCACUCUGUCUUUGUCCUGCAUGCAUGUGCCCAUAAUCCAACUGGCACAGACCCCACACCAGAGCAAUGGAUGCAGAUUGCAGAAAUUAUGAUGAGGAGGAAGCUGUUUGUGUUCUUUGACUCUGCCUAUCAGGGAUUCGCCUCGGGCAGUCUAGAUAAAGAUGCCUGGGCAAUCCGCUACUUUGUCUCCAUGGGCUUUGAAAUGUUCUGUGCCCAGUCAUUCUCCAAGAACUUUGGCCUCUACAAUGAGCGUGUGGGCAACCUGACCAUUGUGGCUCAUGAUGCAGACAACCUGAAGCGAGUUCUGUCCCAGAUGGAGAAGAUUGUCAGGACCACUUGGUCCAACCCACCGUCUCAGGGAGCUCGCAUUGUUGCCAUCACUCUCAAUUCACCUGAGCUCUUUACUGAAUGGAAGGACAAUGUGAAGACCAUGGCUGACAGGGUUUUGUUGAUGAGGGCUCAGCUGAAAGCGAAGCUUCAAGCUCUGGGGACACCGGGCACCUGGGACCACAUCACAGAGCAGAUUGGCAUGUUCAGCUUCACAGGCCUCAACUCCAAACAAGUGGAGUAUAUGGUGAAGGAGAGACACAUCUACCUAAUGGCCAGUGGUCGCAUCAACAUGUGCGGUUUGACCAGCAAGAACAUCGACUACGUGGCUGAGUCCAUCCAUGAGGCCGUCACCAAGGUCCAGUAGAAGACUACACUACCCACAGUUCUCGGUUCUUCCUCCUGCCCGGCUGCGAGCCACCUGAUUCCAGGCAAAGAGUUUGUAUCCAGUAGAUUUCCUGGAGAAAACAUAAACUCUUAUUUGCACAAACAUCUUUCAGCUCACUGGCCUUGUUUCCCCUUCCUUUCAGUGUUUAUGCUAAGCUAGGCUAAACACUUCUUUGGUCUAUUUCUAUCUGAACGCACAAAUGGGAAUUAUUCCUUCUAGUAAUUGUUCAUAAUUUGUCCCUGUUUUCUUCGUGUUGGUCUCCUGUUUAUAGUGUGUACUUUGUGUGACAUCACAGAUGCUCUACAUGUAGUGUCCUUUUUGAGUAUGUGUCAUCACCAGGACCUUUGCGUGGGUCAGUACAUCUGUGACUGUGUUUCUUACCCCAGCAGUGCUGACUCAACUUUCUAAAAAUGUUUAAUGUCAUACUGUUAUGAUUCAUCCAUUCCAAGUGUUAAAAAAACACAUUUCCAAUUGUAUUAAACGUGCAGUAAUUGGCACGUAUGAUUAACGGCUGUUGAGAGCACUGACCAAACUGGCUCAAUGUAGCUUGAGUAAGUAUUUACCUCCUCUAUCAUGAGAGAAGUAGCAGUAUUAUAUUUACUGCUGUUUGCAAUUUGAACAAGAGAUGAGUGUUCUCAGGGAGAUAUUUUUAAAUUGAACUAUGUAAUUUAUAAAUAAUACUGUGUAAUAAGUGUUUUUAUUUCUAGUUUGUGUUAAGUGAGCACAAGUGGUUCGGAACUAUUCUAACACGUGUCGUAACUCCAGAGUAAUCUCCGUUUUCACAGCUGAGUGCUUUUAUGUUUCUGGUUGCCUCGGACACCUGCCGAAUUAAUGUUGAGUUGGCACACUGAUUGUCUGUUCGUAGCACUAGUGCACUAUUAUGUAAGACCGUGGUGUCAGUGGCAGGUUGCUAUCCUAUCACUGUGCACAGUACAUAAUAAUAUGCAAAUUAAGCCAAUGUGAUGAUUAACUACUCUAAUUAAGAACUAUGGAUAGCAUGUUUGUGGUGGUGUCACAUAUGUUGGAACUGAUUUAAUGAUAAGGUUAAAACAGCCUUCACAAGCCCCUGUACAAGUGAUUUGAAGUGAAUGAUUGGAGCAAAAUAUAAUACUGUGUACACACUUUAUAGUGGUUUGGAUUUGGCAAAUAUAAGUGACAGAGACAAAACAAAUUAGACAAGAAUAAUAUAAUUAGUUCAGUCAAUUUAUUAAUGAUUGAAUAAAACCUUGUGUAGAACAUAUGGUCUGUCUCUUUAUAUCUUUGGGUAACUUAUAUAAUCAUCUACAUUUUACAUUACAAAAUUAAAGUUUGCUUUUUUUAAAUCGCAAACAAACUGUACAUCAAUCCUCACAAAUAUAAAUCUGUGUUAACCAACUGCAAAAUCUUUCAAAGCAUUCAGCUGAGAGACUUUAUGAUUCACACAAAUUCUCUUGCUCCACGUCGGUUGUCAGAUCAAAAGAUUUCCCGUUGGACUUUCUGUGUACAUAGAGGGGUCAAUGCGAAUAGCUCAGCAGUGCAGUGUCCUUUGUACUUCCAUAGCCUUACCGAGCAGAAUGAAUUAUGUCACUGUGUGUGUGUGUGUGUGUGUGUGUGUGUAUUUGAUUUGGUGGAGUGUCAGUGUGUGUCAUAUUGCUUUCGUCUUUCAUAUAUUUCUCCCUCUGUUCUGUUGGGCAAUGUACCUGCCAAGAUUUCACAACGCAGAGCAGCUUAGUCCAACCUGAGCUGCAGCUACCGCUCCCUUUUCAAAAAGGAUCGUAUGAUUAUUUCAUUAUUUCAAUAAUAGACGAUUUAUAGAACGAUUGCUUAAUUCUUUCCUUCAAUAAGCUGCAUCCUAUAGCCUCCUCCAUGAAAACUUCAGCCUUGUUUCAGUAUUUAUUGCACUUAUACC